AUCCUGCGGGCGGAACCUUAGGGUGGAGGUGCCGGCGCCGGCGGACACUUCCGGCCACGGACCGACGGAGCGGCAGCGGCGGUGGACAGACGGGACUUCCGGCCGGCGCGCAGACGAGCAAAACGAGGAUUACCUGGGAGGAUGUCGGUAUCAAUUAUAAUAAAGUGGAGUGGGCAGGAAUAUCCUGUGACAAAGCUGACAGAAGAAGAUACAGUUCUGGACUUGAAGGAGAUGAUUAAGACUCUAACUGGUGUGCUGCCGGAACGACAGAAGUUACUUGGUCUGAAAAUCAAAGGUAAAGCUGCAGAAGAUGACGUAAAGCUGGGCGUGCUUAAAUUGAAACCAAAUACUAAGAUUAUGAUGAUGGGCAGCAGGGAGGAGUGCCUGGAGGAAGUACUGGCGCCACCCCCUGACAAUGAAGACAUCAUCAAUGACUUUGAUAUUGAAGAGGAUGUUAUAGAGGUGGAGAACAGGGAAGAAAACUUGGCCAAAAUUGCACGCAGAGUAAAGGAAUACAAAAUAGAAAUGCUGAACCAACCUCGGGAAGGGAAAAAGCUACUAGUUUUAGAUGUCGAUUACACAUUAUUUGACCAUAGGUCCUGUGCUGAGAGUGGACUUGAACUGAUGAGGCCAUACCUACACGAGUUCCUCACAUCAGCAUAUGAAGAUUAUGACAUUGUUAUAUGGUCUGCAACUAGUAUGAAGUGGAUUGAAGUAAAAAUGAAAGAACUGGGAGUCACAACACACGCUAGCUACAAGAUAACCUUCAUGCUGGACAGUGCAGCUAUGAUCACAGUGCACACACCUAAGAGGGGAGUAGUGGAGGUCAAGCCACUGGGAGUCAUUUGGGAUAAAUUUCCUGAGUUCUACACUAGAAAAAAUACAAUAAUGUUUGAUGAUAUUGGGCGAAACUUUUUGAUGAAUCCACAAAACGGACUAAAGAUUCGACCUUUUAUGAAGGCUCAUCUGAAUCGAGAUAAAGAUAUGGAACUGCUGAAAUUGUCACAAUACCUGAAGGAGAUUGGCAAGUUAGAAGACUUCACGGAGCUUAAUCAUAAAUACUGGGAAAGAUAUCUCUCCAAGAAACAAGGGCAAUGAUUCCCUUAUGGAUCUCCGUGCCCUAGGUUGUGUACACUUCAGAAUUACGUGACAAAACUUUAACUGUGAUUGAACUCUGAACAAGUGCUGAGCACUUUGACAGACAAAAACAUUAAAAAAAAAACACGCCAAAGGGACUUAUCAACUGACAAACUACCUGCAAUUUCCCCCAUCCUUUGGUCUUUCACUGUGGACAAGCGAAAUGAGCAAAGGACAACAUGCUUCAGCAAAAUCCUGUCACACUGCGUGAAUUCAUAGGAACGUAUUCCUGCUUUGUUGCCAUUAAUCUGAUGUGUGUCUAAGUGUGGCUUCCUUGCUUUGUUGUGAAGUUGGCAGAUAACAGCAGUAUGCUAACUGCUGGUUACUCUUGUAUAGAGUACUGUGAGUUGCUUCCAUUUACUUUAAGCAGUUCUCCCCCGUGUGCCGAGUUGGAUUACAUAAGUGAAUAGAAGGUUCAGUUCCCAUAUGUAGAAUUUCGGAUUGACCAAGGUUUUAAGAGGGGGAACAUUUUAAAGUAAUCUCCGGUGGAAUUGGCUCCUGUGUAUCAGCAGUAACUGCAGGUCUGCAGUCUUACAAUCCACUGCAAGUUCCCCACUCUGAAGCAAGGAAAUACUUCCACUCAGUUAAAUUUUGUAUGAAAAUGUGGAGUCGUCAAGUAUUUGCAUAGUCCCAUAGUGGCCCAGAAGCUUGGAUUGGACUGGGUUAUAGGUUUCAGUGGUGCUUACCAUUCAGACCCAAAACAACGGUUUUGCCUUCAUUAUUGUCCACAAACUGUAUUUUACAUUGACAAUGUUGAUUACUAUGAGGUAGUCCAGAUCUCUUGCUGAAGGUUAUUCAGGUUGCAUUGCACUGUAAACUGGUUUUCUGGGGGCUGUGCUUUGAGAUCUACCUUCAUGGAUAAUUGGCAUGGCUUUAAUUCUAUAUAUCCAGCUGUCUUACGGGGAGCAGUUGCAACUUGCUGUUUUUCUGUACUGAAAGGUACCUGAAAUAACGAGGCUAAAGUGAAAAUGUUACAUUACACAUUGCAGGAACACAGAAAGAUCUUCAUCAAAUACUAAGAAGAUCUUAAAUACUAUCCUCACAUGGUUUCUUGUGGAUAGCUUAAAAAAAAAGCCUGAAUGGAAGUGUGGAAGAAUCCGCUGUUCCAGUGUGUUGUGUUUGAUUUGUUAAAAAAUUGCUUGCAAGGUUACAAGAACUCGAGUCUUCCAUGGCUAACUGCACCCAACAGUACAAAGAAGGUGGCCUGUGAAGGAUGACCCAGGUCCCAAGGAAAGCCUUUCAGUUAAGGAAGAGCCAUCACAUUCCCAUUGUGCCUGCAGUCACGGGGGCACCCGGCAAAUUUUCACAUUGUAUUUCUUUAAUGGUGCUCUUCUGUCACGAUGCUGCUUAAGUACUAAAGCAGCCACAAAGCCAAUAAACUAGUGGUUCCUGCAGUGAAUCUACAUGUCAGGAUAAAUCAAACCUACAAAGAAAAUCAUCCACACCCCCCACCCAUCCCACAGUCACUUCCUUAGCAGUGUAGUACAGAGCAAACAAAUAACAGUGUUUUAUGUCGAUCGACAUUGGUUCCCCUGCUGGGAAUUGAAGUCAAAACUAAUUAGUUUACCGUUUAGUCUGACUGACAGGCCCAGAAAUGUGCUGGAAUUUUUCUGUUGGUUUCUUCAUGUUGUGUAUUUCAUUUGUUACUGUUGUGUGCUUAUUCUCAUUUAAAAUAAAUAAAACAGGCAUUCCAGGUUAAAUUCUGUAUUUUUCUUAAAAGCUUUUUUUUCACAGUGGAGCAUAUAUGAAAGGUGUAAAUAUCUAGUAAAGUACCUGCUGGGGUUCUUUGUCAUAACAUGAUUUUAAUGUUUUUAUUAUUUGAAAUGUAUUAUUUUCUAUUUACUCUGAAAGUCCAGAGUCAGGUGGUCCCGUUUGUGAAUAUAAUUGAGGAAUGUGUGCAUGGAAAAACAAACUUAACACCUAAUUGUAAAUUGAAGGCUGCACAUUACCAGCCUCGUAAUGAUCUACAUGGUGGUUGUUGGACUGUUUCCCCUUUGUAUGUGCUUUAUAAAUGCCUUCCGCAGUCCCCUUCAUUUUGUAUAGUGCUGCACCUUGACGUUCAGGGAUGUUCUGUUGGUAUCUGUAGCAAGAUGUCCCUGACUAUUCACUCGUACAACAUAGUUGGGUCGCCUACCACAUGCAGACGUAGAUUAGUGACUGUCUUGAUGCCCACUAGAGUCAUAAAGUGAUACAGUAUGGAAACAGGCUCUUCGGCCCAACUUGCCAACAUGUCCCAGCUACACUAGUCCCACCUGCCUGCGUUUGGUCCAUAUCACUCCAAACCUGUCCUUCCAUGUACAGUGCCCUCCAUAAUGUUUGGGACAAAGACCCAUCAUUUAAAUGCCUCUGUACUCCACAAUUUAAGAUUUGUAAUAGGAAAAAAAUGACACUUGAUUAAAGUGCACAUUGUCAGAUUUUAAUAAAGGCCAUUUUAAUACAUUUUGGUUUCGUGUAGAAAUUACAGCAGUGUUUAUACAUACCCUCCCCCCCCCUUUUUUUUUUCAGGGCACCAUAAUGUUUGGGACACAGCAAUGUAAUGUAAAUGAAAUAAUUCAUGUUUAGUAUUUUUUGCAUAUCCUUUGCAUGCAAUAAUGGCUUGAAGUCUGCGAUUCCUGGACAUCACCAGUUGCUGGGUGUCUUCUCUGGUGAAGCUCUGCCAGGCCUGUAUUGCAGCCAUCUUUAGCUUAUGCUUGUUUUGGGGGCUAGUCCGCUUCAGUUUUCUCUUCAGCAUAUAAAAGGCAUGCUCAAUUGGGUUCAGAUUGGGUGAUUGACUUGGCCACUCAAGAAUUUACCAUUUUUUAGCUUUGAUAAACACCUUUGUUGCUUUUGCAGUAUGUUUGGGAUCAUUGUCUGCUGUAGAAUGAACCGCCGGCCAAUGAGUUUUGAGGCAUUUAUUUGAACUUGAGCAGCUUAAGUUCAAAUAAACUUAAGUUCAAAUAAACUUUGAACUAGAAGCAUA